GUCUUCGUCUCUCUCUUCGAGACAAGCUUUUGCGCGGGUCAUCCUCCCAGCCCAUUCCCAUAAACUCCUAUUUCCUUACCAAAUCUCUUCGAGCUUCCGAAUUGUAGGGCUUUAUUAAAGCUUCUUCAUCCGUUUAUACAAUGGUGGUUAGCAGUGGCGUGUAUUGGAGCCGCACGUGUUACUUGAGGCUGCAACCGCCGAGCCUUGCAUUGCGCAGGAGCUUUUGCAGCAGAACCAUGACUUGCUCUGUUCCUAUGAACGGGACUAAGAAGAGAAAGUCUGAAAAGGAGAAGGUGAUUGUGAUUUCUGGGCCUACAGGCGCCGGAAAAAGCAGACUUGCCAUGGAGCUCGCCAAACGUCUCAAUGGCGAAAUCGUCAGUGCUGACUCCGUUCAGGUGUAUAAAGGUCUUGAUAUUGGAUCAGCCAAGCCAUCAGAUAGAGAUAGAAAGGAGGUGCCUCAUCAUCUUAUCGACAUUUUGCACCCCUCUGAAGACUACUCUGUGGGGCAAUUUUUUAUUGAUGGAAGGCAAGCUACGAAAGAUAUACUUAAUAGAGGGCGUGUCCCCAUAGUUACGGGUGGCACUGGAUUGUACCUGCGAUGGUUUAUCUAUGGGAAGCCGGAUGUGCCUAGACCUUCUCCAGAAGUCAUCGCUGAGGUCAAUGAUAUGAUAGUUGAUUUUCAAACCGAAUAUGACUGGGACGCAGCUGUGGAAAUGGUGGUUAAUGCUGGUGAUCCAAAAGCCUGUUCUUUACCUCGUAAUGAUUGGUACAGACUACGGCGUAGCCUCGAGAUACUCAAGUCAACUGGAUCUCCUCCGUCUUCCUUUCGCAUUCCAUAUGAUUCUUUUCGAGAAAAUUUAAAUUCUCUUGAUGUUGAUGACUUUCUUGAGGACGAUUGUUCUGCUGAUAUCUCUAUCCAAAACAUAGAGACAGAUUUGGAUUAUGAUUUCCUUUGUUUCUUCCUGUCAAGCCCACGGGUUGCUCUCUACAGAUCUAUUGAUUUUAGAUGUGAAGACAUGCUUUCAGGAUCCAAUGGAGUUUUGUCAGAAGCUAAAUGGCUUCUUGAUCUUGGUCUUCUUCCAAACUCAAAUUCUGCAACUCGUGCCAUUGGGUACAAACAGGCCAUGGAAUAUCUAUUGAAAUGUCGUCAUAACGGGGGUGAAAGUUCCCCUGCAGAAUUUCAUGGUUUCUUGAACAAAUUUCAGACAGCAUCCAGAAACUUUGCAAAGAGGCAAAUGACAUGGUUCCGAGGUGAGCCUAUGUACCACUGGCUGGAUGCUUCAAAACCUCUGGAUAUGAUACUUCAAUGCAUAUACGAUGCAUACGAGAGUGAAUCAGAGAUGCUGGAGAUACCCGAGUAUCUUAGAAUGAGAAAAGAUAUAAGAUAUACUCGAGGAGCUUCUGAACUAAAGCUGUACCGCUCCAUAAACAGGCAUUUCGUAAGACGAGAAGACUGUGCUUCGGUGUUAGAGUGGAUCAGAAGUGAAGGAUGUAAGAGUGAAUUUCCAUGCGAGGAAAGCCUACUAGUAUAGCCACUGCUUCAUUCUUAUCCGGAAAGGCCCCAAAAACCAAAACCAAAACCAAAAGAAAAGUUUGUUUUGCUGAUGAGAGUUCACAGAGUAUACAAGAUUUUGAAUUGUGUUCUUGAUUAUACGUAAUGAACAAAGAAAAACCUCGCACACCCUUUCAUUCAUGAGCUCCAAUUAAGAAGCAGUUUACCAAAGAAAUGAAAUCCAAAAGUUGUAA